GUUUCAGUCGAAAAAUCUUGUGUUCUCUUUACUAUUUUUACAGAUCAAUGUCCGUACUUGAUUUUUGCCUCAAAUAUUUUUCGGUCUCCAUACUUUCCUUAACCUACAGCCCUUCAUGUAAAUUGUGGUCGAGGGUGUCUCAAAGAUUCUCAGCAAUCUUUUAUCUUGUACACGCUGGAACCCUUUCAUCUUCCCUCCUUUAAAGCUUCACUUUUGAAACUCCAAAACCCUUGUCACACAUGAAUUGAAUUUAACUUGAACCAACGUUUUAAGAAUUGAAUUAUCAAUGGCUACAAUUUCAAGAUUUUUUGCUAAAGAUUGUAGAUUGCAGCAAUGUGACGCUCUUCAGAAGCUAAACUGUGGUCUUUCCGCCAGAAGGCUGCACAGCUAUCAGAAUUUCAGGUGUGAGCUUAUUACAUCCGAGAGUGACAGAAGUAAUUUGGCUAUUCAUAGCAAACACCAGAGUUCUGUUACUGCUGUCUCGUUGCCGUGGACAUCUGCUUCUAGGAAUUCAAGAGUUUAUUGCAAGGCAGCCACCUCUGGAGAUUUUACAGACAAUACUAGUAAAACGAGCCAAUAUGAGAGAAUUAUUGAAACGUUGACAACUCUCUUUCCUGUGUGGGUAUGUUCAUGCUUUGUAAGAGUAAAAAUCCAUUCUUUUCCCUUUUUCCCUCUAUGUCGUCCUUGGAAGAAGUUAUAUCUUUGAAAGAUUCACAUUCACAUUUCAGUUCUACUGACUCUCUGCAGGUCAUAUUAGGUACCAUUAUUGGCAUUUACUAGCCUGCUGCGGUAAGUUUUUGCAUUUGCAACUGCUGAAAUUAAUAAUUAUCAAUUUGUUGAAUCUUGGAGUCUUACAGGUUACUUGGUUAGAAACAGACCUAUUUACUGUUGGUCUGGGUUUCCUCAUGCUUUCAAUGGGAUUGACACUUACAUUUGAGGACUUUAGACAAUGUUUACGCAAUCCUUGGACUGUAAGUAGCAAAUUAUAUGUAAUGCAGAAGAGAUUCUGAUAUUGAGGAGAUGAAUACUUUUGUUGAUCAAUUUGAGAGAAAUUGUUGGUUGUGGUUUUAGGUGGGUGUAGGGUUUUUGGCACAAUACAUCAUUAAGCCCAUGUUGGGCUUCUUCAUUGCAAUGGUAAAUCUUCAUCGGCUACUUGUUGACAAAUUGCAUAUAGUAAUCAAAGAUCAUGUAUGAGCUCCUAGGAUUAUGACUGAACAUUCUUUUAUUCGACUCCGUUGGUUUAGAGGAUGUUUUAGUCUCAC